AGUGGGAAAAAGUGCAGUAGAGUUGCGUUGUUGUGUUUUAUUGGUGCCGCAUUUUCUGUGUUUCCGAGGAAAUCCAACACACACCGCAAGCAUGGGGAAGAACAAGAAGCGACAGCGCAACAAGAAAGACAACAAUGUUGACGAGGUGGCGCAAUUGACGGUGGAGAAAGCAACAGAUGAAGUUCUCACAAUGACUGUGAAGAGUGGCACGAAAGUUGAGAAUAUGCUGAAAUUUGCGCGGAAAGCUCUGCAGAGUGGCGAACACAGGAGAAUCGUGUGGACAGGAAGUGGACAAGCAAUCACGAGGACAAUUUCGUGUGCUGAGAGUCUCAGGAGGGAAUUUCAGGUGCAUCAAGUCACGGAAGUCAGUCAAGAAAUCGCCAGCGAGGGAAAAACUUCCGACAUUCCAAGCAUUCGCAUUCUUCAAUCGCUGGAGAAAAUCGACCCUUUGACGCCGGGAUAUCAAAGCUCCGAAGGUGGAACAGCUUUUUGGCUGAGUGCUCGCAAAAGUGGCGAGCAAAGUUCAGAAGCAUCGAGUCACGGACGAUUUGCAAAGCGCCGGAAAGUCCAGGAAUGCGGUGAAAGUGCGGAAUAAAAGGGUGAAAAAGUAAGCACAAGAAUUAGAUUUACUUUCCACACACAUUCUUAUUUCUUUUUGUACUCUUGACGUGGAACUGAGCACAAAGGCCGGAGACUUUUCUGGGGCUUCAGUGGCAGUGGAAUGAAUGCUAUUUUCCGCG